UAUUGUCUAUUGUCUAAGUGUCAAAUAAAAAAAUAAAAAACAAGAUAUCUACAGAAAGCCGGCUGAAAUUUUUAAUUUCUCUAUAUUAAUACAUUUCAAUAAAAAUAAGUUAUAAAAAUGUCUCAUGUACUAAAAAUUGAUGGGAGCGUUUUAGAAGGGGGCGGACAAAUUCUGCGGACAUCAAUAUCACUCAGCGCUAUCCUCGGUAUUCCAGUGAGGGUAACAAAUAUACGCGCGGGCCGAAGCAAGCCCGGCUUAGCAGCACAGCAUUUAAAAGGAAUUGAACUUGUAGCAGAGAUGUGCCAAGCAAAGCUGCAAGGCACCAGUAUUGGCUCGACAGAAGUAGAGUUCAUCCCAGGCAAGCUCAGAGGAGGACAUUAUGUUGCUGAUACUAAAACAGCAGGAUCUAUAAGCCUCCUCCUGCAAGUGGCGCUGCCGUGCGCGCUGUUCGCGGACGCGCCCGUGCGCCUGCAGCUGACGGGCGGCACCAACGCCGACAUGGCGCCGCAAAUCGACUACAUGGCCGUCGUGUUCAGAGCGGCGCUGCGACGGUUCGGCGCCGACUUCCACAUUGAGAUACUUCGAAGAGGGUAUUUUCCAAAAGGAGGCGGUCAAGUGCUCAUAGAAGUGAAUCCAAUACGAAGUCUGAACUGUGUCAACCUCACGGAGAGAGGCGAUGUGCAGGAGAUCAGUGGCACUAGCUUCGUGGCUGGGACUUUGCCCAUCAAGCUAGCACACUUGAUGGCAGACGGCGCGCUCCGCGAGCUGAGUUCCAAGGGCAGUGGGAACAUUCACAGGUACAAGGAGGACCACCAGCUGGCGCCUGACAACUGCAACGGUAUCAUUUUGUCAUGCACUCUGUCGUCCGGAUGCGUGUUGGGCAGCGACGCGUUGGGCAAGCGCGGCGUGGACGCGACCGACGUCGGGCGCAGGGCGGGCGAGGAGCUGCGGCGGACGCUGGACAGCGGCGCCUGCGUCGACCCGCACACACAGGACCAAGUGAUCGUGUACAUGGCGCUGGCGCAGGGCCGCUCGGCGGUGCGCGCGGGUGACGUCACGCUGCACACCACCACCGCCAUACACGUCGCCGAGACCAUCGCCAACGUAAAGUUUAAUAUUACACCUGACGGAGAGCAAAACUUGAUCGAGUGUAUAGGAUUAGGCUUUAUCAAUAGAAAUUUAAUAGAAUAGUGAAUAACACGUUGUAAAUGCGAAUAUGUGUUUCUUUGUUUGUUACGCUUUUACGCAUUAAACGGAUUUUAAAAAUUGUUUCAACAAUGGGAAGCAUUAUCAGCGAAUAACAUACUGUAUUUUAUUCCCGAAAUCCCACGGCAACGGGAACUACACCGGUGAAACCACUGGUUCUCCUUUUAUAUGUGUGUCGGAGAAAAGUCUACCUUUGCAGAUUUUCCUAGACAUCGUUGUCAUUGAUCUAUCUCGUGGGCGUCACAGGGUUACGUGCAAGCACAAACAAGAUAAUAGUACACACAGAUUUAUUGUCUUUUCACAAUAGAUAUUCAUGCACUUUUGAUUAAUUUCUGAGCAGCGAGUUUGCGACGCUACUCAUUACACAUUUCCAAUAUAUUUGUCAAUCCUCAAUCAACUGUGAUUAUCAUCAUUCCAAACUCAACUCAUUGCCUUCAGCACCUCUCCAAAGUUACAUAGCGACCCGACCACGCUCGAGGAUGUCAAACCUCCCUCAGAACUUUAUCAAUUUUUUAAAUUUAUUCUAUUUUUGAAUGUUUAAUAUAAUUUUCUUGCAUUUUGUUUUAAAUCAAAUUGAAUAUGAACUCUUUUCAAAAACCUACUAAGAACUCUUUUCAACGCUCUAAAUAACAAUAUUUGCUUCUAUACAAAGCAACUCUGUUCUAAGUACUUCCUCUCCAACAUGUAUAAUAAGGAAUUAUGAUGAUUUUUUUACAUACAUUGAUACAUAGUUGUAUCAUAUAAAUAUAACAAAAAUUGUAUACUAUAUUGUACAGCGUUAAUAUACCUUUUUGAUACACGUCUGUAUCAUCUAAAUAUAAUAAAAUUGUAUGCUUUAUUGUACAGCGUUAAUAUAGCUUUAAGUAAUUUAUUGAUUUUUCUGUAUCCAUGAGACUGUUAAAAUAUAACACAAUAACUAAC